CAAAGCCUCUCUUCACAACAAUGCCAAUCAAGAGCAAGUCAACUUGCCAGGUAUGCUGCAUGGUCAACAAAAUGUUUCGUUUCUACCCAAUGAAAUGACGGAUAUUCUUCUGUGAUUCAAUAUGGAACAAUUAUCGCGACUCAAAGACAUUGAAGUGAAUCUAAUCCCUUCCAACAAUGCAAAAUGCCCCGUGACUAUCUCGGCUGAAGAACACAACCAACAGUUUGAAGCAUCUUUAAGAAUCCAACCUCGACAGCCAUUAGCCUUCAGAGAAAGGGCACGUGUGAAUUCUCCCGAGGCGAUCCAAAAGCUCAAGUGGACAGAUGAAUUUCUAGUCGAGAAGACAUGGAAGGCUUUAGAACCUGACUUGGAAAAUGCCCUUCAUAAGAAACUGAUCUCAGAGAGCGACAUCAAGAAUCUCAAGAAGUAUCAUAGAACAUUGGCACAUGCGAAGAAUAAAAGGAACUCGAGAGCUCGAAUGGCCUCGAAGAAGCAACACUAUGAAAAAAAAUUGAUUUCUUUAGACAAAAAGCUUCAAACAGAAAGAGCUUUGUUGAAGAAGUCAAAUGAAUUUUGUCAAAAAUACGCAGCUUCCAAUCCAGAGAUGGCGGAUCUUCUAUGGGCGAAACACAGAUAUUCGCCUACUCCGCAAAAAGAAGCAUUGGAUCUUUCAUUGUCAUCCUCCAUACCAAGCCAUGCAUCCGAUUAAACACUGAUUCAUGUUUAAAGUCAACGAGCAUUGUUAUUUCUUUGUGUGCGAAUACAUUCAUCAGUCUUUA